AUGUCACUGUCCAAAGCAUUGAAGAGGAAAGUUGACAGCGAGGGUAGGACAGACAAAGAAGAGUGGAAAGAGAAGUAUGCUUUCAUCCUACCUGAUUUCAUAAAUGCCAAGCCUGUGUGUCUCAUCUGCAACGAAGUUGUUGCAGUUUGCAAAGAAUACAACAUCCGACGGCACCACGACACAAAGCAUGGCACCUUCAAAGUGGCCUAUCCGCUCCAGACAGGGACAAGGAGGCACAAACUUGAAGCGCUGACAGCCAGUUAUGCGCACAGCAGCAAGAUCCUGGUACGAGGCCUCACAGCGCAACAAAAAGUGACAAGUGCGUCCCUUAAAGCAGCAUGGGUGCUCGCCCGGCACAACAGACCAUUCACUGACGCAGAGAUUUUUAAAGAGGUAAUGGUGGCAGUUUUGGAGGAGCUGCCUACUGAUAAAUCAAUGGAUGGCGUGAUUGCCUCGGUGAAACAGGUGCCUCUCUCUGCGAGGUCCGCUACCCGGCGCAUAGACGCACUGUCGGAUGCUGUGCAUGGAGUCAUUCUCAGUGGUCUGAGUCAGGCCAAUUACUUUUCUCUGGCCAUUGAUGAGAGCACAGACAACACAGAUGUAAGCCAGAUGUGUGUCUAUGUGAGAUAUUUUGAUGGGAAGGAGUUCAGGGAGGAGUUGCUGUCUUUAAUUCCAUUAGAGGGGAACACCACCGGAGAAAUUAUAUUUAACAAACUGGAGGAAGUCUUCAGGCUGCAUUCAUUGUCCUUUGAGAAAAUCAACCUCAUCGUGACAGACGGGGCACCGGCCAUGCUUGGAAAGCACAGAGGUCUGGUGAGCAGAUUGAAGGAGAUCGCGCUCCAAACGCACGGAUUGCAUUGCCUCAUUCACCAGAGUGUCCUGUGCGCCAGGCUCAGUGGGGAGCUAAAGGGGGUCAUGGAUAAAGUGAUGCGCAUCAUUAAUUUUAUCAGGGGUACAUCAAGCACUCAGCACCGUCUUUUCCGACAACUUGUGUCUGAAUCAGAGGAUGGCACUCACGAUGACCUGCUGCUCCACAACGACGUGCGCUGGUUGAGUAAAGGCAAAGCGCUGGAGCGCUUCUGUGCGCUACUGGAUGAGGUAAAGGCUUUCCUGAGAUUAAGCAAGAUGCGAGCUGCAGACGACCACCUUGCCUUUCUCCAAGAUGAAAUGUCCAUGUCAUUCACCAGGAAACUGGAGUUGUUCCAGUCAGACCUAUCAACUGGCAGGCUCCUGCACUUCAAUACACUAAAAUCACAGGUGCGGGGAGAAGUGACAGGACUGAUGGUGGAUUUCAUCCAACAGCUACGGGCCAACUUCAAGUCCAGGUUUGAGGACUACUCCAUCCCGAGGGACAUCGUCGCUUUUGUCCGUGACCCUCUCACUGUCCGAAGUGCGGAUUUCUCCUCCCUGGCUAAAGAAACCAUCCCAUUGUUGGAUGAGGCCGCAUUUCAAAUGGAGCUUAUUGAUUUCCAAACAACCUCCCUGGUCAGUGAUGCGCUCAAAAGUGCGCAAUCGGUGGAUGACUUUUGGAUGACAUGCUCAGAUGAGUACAGCUGGAUCAAAAAACUCGCAUUUUAUGUGCUGACGAUGUUUCCCUCCACCUACACAUGCGAGUCGGCCUUUUCGUCUAUGAAUGCCAUUAAGACGCACGAGAGGAACCGCCUGACGCACAAAAAAUCUGGAGAACUGCUUGCGGGUUAA